AUGAAACAACCAGUUGAAUAUUUAAAUAAUGAUACUACACCAUGUUUAAAAUGUGAAAAUCAUGCUAUAUUAAUUGCAAGAACUGAUUAUUAUUGUAAAGAUUGUUUUAUUAGAUUUGUUAGAGGUAAACAAAGAAAACAAAUGGUUAGUGAACAAUAUAGAGCUAAAUUUGGAAUACAAGCUGAAAAAUAUGGAAUUCAAAAAGUAUUACUUGCUUUCUCGGGUGGUAUUACAUCUAUGGUAUUAUUGGAUAUAUUAAGUGAUUUAUUAUUAGAACAACAAAAGACACAUAAGGGAGUAACUGGAUUCAAUUUAAUUAUUGUUAAUAUUGAUGAAUUUGAAAUAUUUUUAUUAAAUAAAAAAAUACAAGACAUUAUCCCAAACUUGAUUCAAAAGUAUAAUGGGAUCAGUAUUGAGUUUAAAGUUUUAUCAUUAGAUUCUUUUAUAAAUGAAGAAUCAUUAUAUAAAAUUUCAUUAAAUGAUGAAUUUAAGUCAUUUUUCAAAGAGUAUAAUCAAGAUAUAACUAUACUAGAUAUACUAAAUCAAACAAUUAACAAAUCAUCAGCUGAAGAUUUAUUAAAUAUAAUUUACAAGAAUUUGUUACUUGAAGUUGCAUAUGUUGAAAAUUGUCAAACUAUAGUAUUGGGUCAUAGUAUGACUAGAAUAGCAAAUGAAAUAGUUGCACUCACUGUUAAAGGACGAGGAUCUGAAAUUCAUGAAUCUAUAAAAGAUCAUACAGAAAUUUAUAAAAACCAUGAAAUCAAAAUAAUGUACCCAUUAAGAGAUGUACUAUAUGCUGAAAUUAUAGAAUAUGGUAAACUUGCAGAUUUAUAUCAAUUUACAAUUGAAUCAACCAUAAAGAAAUCAAAAAUUAGUAAAAAUUUGACAAUUCGAGAUUUAAUAUCAAAUUAUUUUACACAAUUGACGGAAACUGGAUAUGCAAGUACUGCUUCAACAGUAGUUAAAACUGGUGAAAAAUUAGGUAAAUCAAAAGAAAAGAAACUUGGAAACUGUAAAGUUUGUAAUGAAGAGAUAUAUAAAAAUCCAAGUACAUGGUUAAAAACUAUUACUGUUAACGAACCAGCCUCAAUAGAAACAGAAGAAGAAUUGGAAUAUAACAAAUUAUAUAAAGAAAGUACACAAGAAGAAGAAUUGAAAUUAGGCAAUCCAUUAGAAUUAUGUUAUGGUUGUAUUAUAACAUUAGGUGGGUUUAAACAGACAGAUAGUGGAUUAUUAUGGCCCUUAAAAAGUGAAGAAAAGCAAUUGAAUUAUAUAUAUGAAAAUGAUGAAGUUGAAAAGCAACAUAUAUUAGAUGAAUAUACACUUUAA